CGUAGCGGACGUGUUGACGAGAUCUCUCCGACUUCGCCCUGCGAUGUAAUGGAUUAUUCGCUUCGUCGAUCUCGCACGUGAUUGUGUUUCGGAUAUCGUUUCACAGGAAUUGUUUUUCGCGAUUUUUCUGAGCGCUUUUCCUCUCGAAUGGUACAAAAUUGUGAAUGUUGAUGACUCUGUAACGAAGUUUUUAAAAUUAGACAAUUGGUAUCGGAUAUGAGGACAAAAGAACUAAGAGUAGCAGUGAGAUCAAAUCAAUGACUUAAGCUACACAGGGACGUAAAACAAACAACAAAAUGAUUCAUAGAACAUCUUCAUCUCGACGGCGUCGAGCUUCAAGGAGCGCUGCUACCUCACCUCAGACCAGGUCACCCAGACCUUCGGCGCAGUCUUCCCGCCGAGCGUCCCUCGCUACUACAGAAACUGACGAUGAAUUAGAACCUCCACCGCAAAGAAGUCCUAGAGCUAGCCUCGCCCCUGAUGCAGCGUUAGAAACAUACCAUCGAAGUCCUAGACAUUCUCUAGUUCCUGAAUCAAGGUCAGCGAGAAACUCCAUAACUCCUGAAACAGCUAUUGUAAGGAACACUCUAGCACCCUCACGAAACAACUUGGGUGUUGAACAAGCUUACGGGUCCCGCCUAAGUCUGAACCCUCAAGAUUUCAACCGAAGUCCCAGAAACAGUAUUACCCCAGACAUUACGGCGAGGAGUCCGAGAAGAAGUUUGGUGCCAGAAGGGACAUCAUGGAACCAGCCUAGAAACUCUUUGGUGCCUGAUGUCGGCAGGAGUCCUAGACAUUCAGUAGCUAACAUACAAAUCGACCCAGCUCGCAGUCAGAAAGAAUUGGGUCCAAGUCCGAGAACUAGUCCCAGAGGUAGCAUAGGACCGGACACAAUGUCAAAGAAAGAAUCUGAAAUAAAUAGGAGUCCAAGAGGAUCGCUGAUUCCUGAUUCUCAAAGGAGUCCCAGAGGUAGUAUCGCUCCUUCCGAGAGAAGUGCAAGAGGAAGUCUAGCCGCUGUCGAAGUUGAUGGAGCUAGAAUAAGCCCUAGAGGAAGCUUAACGCUUACCUUUCAAGAACCUUUAGUAUCUAGAGAAAGGCGAGCAAGCGAAGACAGUCAGUGUGCUGGUAAUCGAGGUCGAGUGUCGCCGUACCGAGCGUCGAUCGCCGGCCGACACAGUGGCACGGCGCUGUCAGAUGCUGGCUCCAGAAGAGCAUCCAGUUCUGUUAGCCAAGUGUCGGGAGACGAGCAGCGAAGGCUUUGUGGCGAGCAGGCCAAGUAUAGCGACCGCACAGGCCUGGGCCUGGGCGUGGGCCUGACCACCUACGGCUCCGUGGCCUACCAGCUGAAGGACGCCAACAUGGAGGCGUCGGGCACCGUGGACUUCGUGUGUAGAGCCGCUAAGAUUAUGAACCGGACCAUUGUGAUGACAGUGUUCCUCGCCUGCCUCUCCACGCUACCAGUCAUCAUGUUGAUCAUGGGGGUGCAGUACAUCCGGGACUGCCCCGCCGAGCCGCGCCUGCCCGUGUACAUGGUGGUGGGCGGCGCGGGCGGCGGCGUGGGCAUCUGCUGGCUGCUGUGGGCGCAGCUCGCGAGUCGCAGCUCCAACGCGCCCGCCAGCGUGCCGGAGCGAGUGCUCGCCUACACGCUCACCAUGUUCCUGAUGGGCUGGUUCGCGUGUGGAAACUACUGGACGCUGGGCAUCUUGUGGCCCGACUACGCGCCGACAUUGUUCGAGCCCAACCAGUGGUGUCACCGCACGCUGUACGUGUUCGCGCUGACGCAGCUGGGUGUCGUGUGGGGUGUCGUCGCGCUGCUGCUGCUGCUGCUACUCGCGCUUGUCAUUUGUCAAUGGUGUCACCGCACGCUGUACGUGUUCGCGCUGACGCAGCUGGGUGUCGUGUGGGGUGUCGUCGCGCUGCUGCUGCUGCUGCUACUCGCGCUUGUCAUUUGUCAAUGGUGUCACCGCACGCUGUACGUGUUCGCGCUAACGCAGCUGGGUGUCGUGUGGGGUGUCGUCGCGCUGCUGCUGCUGCUGCUGCUACUCGCGCUUGUCAUUUGUCAAUGGUGUCACCGCACGCUGUACGUGUUCGCGCUGACGCAGCUGGGUGUCGUGUGGGGUGUCGUCGCGCUGCUGCUGCUGCUGCUACUCGCGCUUGUCAUUUGUCAAUGGUGUCACCGCACGCUGUACGUGUUCGCGCUGACGCAGCUGGGUGUCGUGUGGGGUGUCGUCGCGCUGCUGCUGCUGCUGCUACUCGCGCUUGUCAUUUGUCAAUGGUGUCACCGCACGCUGUACGUGUUCGCGCUGACGCAGCUGGGUGUCGUGUGGGGUGUCGUCGCGCUGCUGCUGCUGCUACUACUCGCGCUUGUCAUUUGUCAAUGGUGUCACCGCACGCUGUACGUGUUCGCGCUGACGCAGCUGGGUGUCGUGUGGGGUGUCGUCGCGCUGCUGCUGCUGCUACUACUCGCGCUUGUCAUUUGUCAAAUAAACCAGUUGCAUCAACUGAUACACUUUAAUACACUGAUAUACUUUAAUACACUGGCCGAGCCCAACCAUUGUUGUAAUAGUACGCUUUUCGUAUUCAUUCUAACGGAGCAGGAGAUCGAUUCUUGUUCUUUAUACUCGUCGAUUGUCGUGCUCGAGCUGUGGCACCGCAACAUCAACAACACCAUGGACGUCGCCGGCGCUCUGCUGCCCUUCACCCAGGUGGUCCGCCCCGAGCUGACCAUCCACGUGCAGGAGGUCCUCACCCAAGCGGACAGAGACGCCGCCGACAACAAACUGAAAAUCCCAGAGAUAAACGAGCCCGACAAAAGUGACGAUGACAAAUGUGACGUUAAAUCACCCAAGUGUGACCUAGUAACACCCAAAAGUCCUAAUAAAUAUAAAAGUGAUAAUGUGAGAAGUGGCGGGAAGAAUGGUGACGCGGCCUGA